AUGACACACUUGGCGGCGGAUAUCAGGCUAUCAUCUGUGGAAAUUCUCUCCUGGCUGCUCUCGGUCGCUGGACAGGAACUAGUAUCUGCAGCAGGGGGGUGGGUUAAAACGCUGAAUUGCUUCCUGUCACUACUUGGAUGGCAUACCGAGAGCUCAACAAAAUGGUCUUCUAAUAAAACCUCAUUUGGGAAAUCUGGAAGUGAGGGAAAGCUAACAGCAAGGGUACUACAAAUAUUUGCCGAGUUUCUGCAGGCAGGGAUCGGCAAGCCUGAUGAGCAGAGCUUAUCAAAAGAGGGACAAGGAGUUAAUGAUAGUCAGGCUUGUUUCCCUCUCCGUCAUGUUCAAUACCACCUUCUCCCGACAAAGUCGUCCCCGUUCUCCUACCUCGAUCUAUUCGGCAGUAUCAAAAGCGAGGAAGCGGACAUGUAUGAAUCUCGUGAAGACCGACUAAGAGUUUUUACGCAGAUUUUCCACCUUCCGGUUCAGCGGGGUCUUGAUGCUGCCAGACAGGAUGGAGGUGAAAUCGGUCGAGUUUCCGCCGCAGCCAGGAAGGUACUUCGAGACUGUAACUUACCCCUUAAAUCGUGA